AUAGUAAAGAAAUUAGAGAAGAUAAAUUUAGACGAGUGAGAGAGAAACCCUAAAGCUUUAUCGCCGCCCUCCUCCUUACAUCUCACUCAAAGCUUCCUUCAUCUUCUUGAUGUCCAGUUUUCAGAUAUACCUGCCAGCUUGAGGUCGUGAAGCAACAAGUAUCAUAAACAUGAGUAAGAAGAGACAACUGGUGUUCCUUGAUGUUUCUAUUGAUGGAGAUCCAGUUGAAAGAAUGGUUUUUGAGCUUUUCACAGAUAUUGCUCCAAAAACCGCAGAAAACUUUCGUGCACUUUGUACAGGAAGAAAUUGUUGCUCUUCAGGGGAGAAAGGAGUCAGCUCUAAGACCGGAAAACCGUUGCAUUAUAAAGGAACAUUUUUCCAUCGCAUUGUCAAGGGAUCUGUGGCUCAGGCUGGCGACUUGCUGAGACAAGAUGGGAACUAUGGGGAAAGUAUCUAUGGAGGAAAGUUUCCAGAUGAGGUGCCGAAGCUAAAACAUGAUGCCCAAGGUCUACUAUCUAUGGCAAUUGCUGAUCGUGAUGCACGUGGUUCUAUAUUUUCUAUCACCUUUCAGGCUGACCAUCAUCUUGACAGGAAAUGCAUUGUCUUUGGGAUACUUAUUGAUGGCCUUGAAGUUCUUAAGAAGAUUGAGAGUGUGGGAAAUGAAGAGGGAAAACCUGAUGUAACUGUGAAGAUAAUCAACUGCGGCGAGUUACCUGAUUAUAAGAGAAAACUAAACAAAUUGAAAAAUGGGAAGCACAAAAAAUCCUCUAAAGAAAGAAGAAAAAAGAGAAGGAGAUACUACACAUCAGAAUCAGAGAGCUCUACAGAUAGUGAUACUGAGUCUUCUGAGUCUGAUAGUGAUUCUGACUUGGAUUUAUCUUCUGAAUCAGAAAUUAGCUCAUCCAGUGAUGAUAGGCGUAGGAAAAGGAAGAGAUCUAAAAGAGACAGGCAUAGACGUGCUAAAAGAAAGGAGAAGCGACGUGAGAAAAGGCGCAAAAGGCGUGAUAAGAAAUCAAAACGCAGAUCAAAAAGGGCAUCAGAUAGUCUUUCAGAAAAUGAGAAUGGACGUGAUAGCAGUUCUGAAGAUGAUGGUGUAAAACGAGGUUCCGAAGGGAAGCACAAAAGUAUGGAAAAGAAAACUGAAGGCGAUCGUUCUCCUUCACUUGAGGAGGGAGAAGCAGUUUCUCUUCAUGACAAGAAAGAGUCAACUGACAUUUUUGAAGGAGAGGAGGCAGACUUGCCCAAGGAAAAUGGAGAGCGUCAAAGCAAUCAUACCGAAGUGGAAGAUAGAUCUGAUAAAUAUGUUGAUAGGCAGCCUGAUGUAGUGGAUGAUCACCCUGGAAAAUCUAGGAGCAGAAGCAUAAGUCCCAAAAGGACAUUGAGUAGGAGUAUGAGCAUUAGUCCUCGGAGGAGUCUGAGCAGAAGUCGAAGUGUUAGCCCAAAACGCAGUGUGAGCAGGAGUCCAAGUGUUAGAUCCAGACACAGUGUAAGCAGAAGUCCAAGUCGCAGUGGAAGUCCUCGUCGCGUCUCGCAGAGGAGGAGCAUCAGCGUGGUUAAAAGCGGUAGCAGUAGUCCAGCACGAAGCAUUAGCAGAAGCCCAGUGAGAGUCAAGAGGGGAGCAAGUGUCAGUGUGAGUCCUCCAGUGAGAGCUCAUUCACGACGAAGGAGCAGCAGGAGUCCCUCAGCGUCUCCCACAAGGCGACUUAGCCCGAGUCCACCCAGAACCUCAUCAAGGAAAUCAUGGAAAUCAAAAAGUCGAAGCCCAGUUAGAUCUUAUAGGAGGAGUCCAAGCAGAAGCCCUGUUAGGCCUUCUCGAAGGAGCCCAAGCAGAAGUCCUAUUAGGUCUUCGCGGAGGAGUAUAAGCAGAAGUUCGGGCAGGGUUCCUACUAGGGUUAGGCCUUCAGGAAGGAGCCCAAGCAGAAGCCCUGUUAGGUCUUCUCGGCGGAGUGCAAGCAGAAGUUCGGGCAGGGUUCCUUCUAGGCGAAGCCCAAGCCGAAGUCCAGGUAGGGUUCCUAGCAGAAACAAUAGACGCAGCUAUUCAAGAAGUCCUGUAAGUGCAGGUCGUAGGGCAAGAUCUCCAGCAAGGAGCUCUUCAAGAAGCGCUUCAGUGGAUGGAUCUCCCAAGCGCAUCAGGAGGGGAAGGGGCUUUAGUGAGCGUUACUCUUAUGUUCGUAGAUACAGGAGUCGAUCUCCUGAUCGGUCCCCUGUUAGGCCAUACCGUUAUGGUGACAGAUAUUCGAGAUACAGAAGGUCACCUCGACGUUACAGGAGUCCACCUAGAGGAAGAACGCCACCCAGAUACAGAGGCAGAAGAAGCCGAAGCCGCAGCCUAUCUCGUAGUCCUGUGCGUCACCGUGCUCGUCGUUAUAGCCGAAGUCCUGUGAAUAGUCGUUCUCCUGUGGACAGAUAUCGCAGGUCGCCAUCUGCUGAUCGGCGUAAAUCACCUUCUCGGAGCAGAAGUAGAUCAGAGUCGAGGUCAUCUCGGGACUCUCAGUCACCAAAGCAAGGCAGCAAAGAUAAGUCGAGAUCAUCCUCGGCGAGUCCUCCUGGGAAGGCAGGCCUGGUUUCCUAUGGAGAUGGAUCACCUGAUUCAGGAUAGGGAGUAGAACCAUGUGUAGUUGCUAGGUAUCAAGACAUAGUUUGGUUUUUCACCAUUCUACAACUAUGGUUUAGUCACAUGGAUAGACUGCCCCUCUGUAUUGGGGUCUGGACAGCAUGUUGGAUAUUUAUUACUUGAGUGUUCCGGUGUGUGCUUCUGAUUUAUGGUUGAAUAAUUUGUUAUGCAUUUCUAUUUAUAAUUGGUUUCACUGGUAGAUAUCGCUAGAAGUGUUUAGGCUGUUUGCGUGCAAGGAAAAGGAUGAUCACGAUUCCUUCCACAGGAAUUUUUGGAUGUUAGCUAUUUAUGAUCUGUUGGUGAAUGAAUAUUUUGGACAAGUCAUUUGGUGA